CUCACAUCUUUUUCUGCCUCUACCACAAUCCCCCCUUCAUCCGUCCUGUAUGGUGGAUAUUAUUUUCAGCUCUUCUUUCUUGGGUGAUAUGGGGGAUCAUUCCAAAAAGAAGUCAGGAUUCGCGAUGUGUGUCGGAUGUGGAAGUCAGAUCCACGACCAGUACAUCCUGAGAGUCUCUCCCGACCUGGAGUGGCACGCAGCCUGCCUGAAGUGCGCAGAGUGCAGCCAGUACCUGGAUGAGAGCUGCACUUGUUUCGUCCGGGAGGGCAAAACCUAUUGCAAAAGAGAUUAUGUAAGGUUGUUCGGAAUAAAAUGUGCGAAAUGCAACCUGGGCUUCAGCAGCAGCGACCUGGUGAUGAGAGCCCGGGAUAACGUGUACCACAUCGAGUGCUUCCGGUGCUCGGUGUGCAGCCGGCAGCUGCUGCCGGGAGACGAGUUCUCCCUGCGGGAAGACGAGCUGCUGUGCCGGGCGGACCACAGCCUGCUGCUGGACCGGAGCUCCGCAGGGAGCCCCAUCAGCCCCGGACACAUCCACUCCAACAGAGCGCUGCACUUGGCAGUCCCGGUCACGGUGCGGCAGGCCCCGCAUCGGAACCACAAGCAGUCGGAGAAGACGACCCGGAUCCGGACGGUGCUGAACGAGAAGCAGCUGCACACGCUGCGGACCUGCUACAACGCGAACCCGAGGCCCGACGCGCUGAUGAAGGAGCAGCUGGUGGAGAUGACCAGCCUGAGCCCCCGGGUCAUCCGGGUCUGGUUCCAGAACAAGCGCUGCAAAGACAAGAAGAGGACCAUCCUGAUGAAGCAGCUGCAGCUGCAGCACCACAGCGACAAGUCCGUGAGCAUCUUCAACCUGCAGGGCCUCACGGGGACUCCUCUUGUGGCCGGGAGCCCUAUUCGACAUGAGAGCUCAGUGCAGGGAAACCCAGUGGAGGUCCAGACCUACCAGCCUCCAUGGAAAGCCCUCAGUGAGUUCGCCCUGCAGAGCGACCUGGACCAGCCAGCCUUCCAACAACUGGUGUCUUUUUCUGAAUCGGGCUCUCUCGGAAACUCGUCCGGCAGCGACGUGACUUCUUUGUCCUCUCAGUUACCGGACACCCCCAACAGUAUGGUACCCAGCCCGGUGGAGACGUGAAACUGCCCCACCCCCCCCCCCUAUCAGACUCGUCGGUCAUCCCUCUUGCAAAGGACAAUUGCAGCAUGAUCCCGGUCCCCCCCCCUACCCCUCCCCCUGCACGUGACCAGCUCAUCACAUCACCCAAAACUACAAAGGAGAGUUUCAAAAAAAAAAAAUUUUUAUUUCAUGACAUGGAGGGGAUGGAACCAGGAUAGCCCCCCCCCCCCCAUUGACUCCCGAUUUUAUUUAUUUUUGUGGAGCUUUCAUUGAUAAAAAACUAAGAAGAACAAUUGCAUGACGUGAUACGGAGAGAGAUGUACAGAAGACCUCCUGAUGGAUGUAACACACCUUCCCUAAAAAAAAAACUAUUUGGAAACAUGUACAGAUGGACGUGCUGCGACUUCAUUGUGAUAUUAUGUCUUUGUUUCUUCAACAUGAGACUUUUUUUGAUACAUUUAUUGCGUUGUCGAGUCCUCGUUGACUCAUGUGUCUUAAAGGUCAGAGCAUGAAAAUCUGCAAAUUAUUCGUAUUGUAAAAAAAAUACUUUAUCUUAAAGGGGCAGGUUUGUUUUGAGCUUCUCGAUCAAAAAGUAAAUUAUUGUUAUAUUAUUUAUUGUUAUAGGUAAGCGAUUCGUAAAGGGAUUAUUAACUGAUAAAGAAUAAAAAACAAAAACAAGAAUACUU